ACUCUCUUUCAAAGUUCAUUAAUUAAAAAUAGCAAAUAUCAACUCUUCUCGCUUUAAUUAUCAGAUUUUGAUUACGAAUAGGUUAGAGUUUAGACCCUUUUCUUUCACAAGAUUUUAUGCUGAACAACCAUAUUGAAAAUCCAGAGAUUGGUUCUCAGGUAUAGGAUUUUUGGAAUUCCAGCUUGCAUCAAUUCCUGGUAGUUUACUGUCUUGAUUACAAGAAGCAGAGAAUGGUCAAAAGAUAUGUAGAGUGUUGAUGUAUACAAAAUACCAUGUUGCAGUGCUUAGCGGGUAUCGAGCAUUUGUGUGCUUCCCUUAUUCAUUGUUGUGAACCUGGUAACCAAUCGAGCAGUUUCGAGGAUCCUGAAAUUCUUGCGAGAGAGACUGUUUUUAGCGUAAGUGAAAUUGAAGCACUUUAUGAGCUAUUUAAGAAGAUAAGUAGUGCUGUGAUCGAUGAUGGUCUGAUCAAUAAGGAAGAGUUUCAACUAGCAUUAUUCAAGACAAAUAAAAAAGAGAGUUUGUUUGCUGAUCGGCAGGUGUUUGAUUUGUUCGAUACAAAACACAAUGGAAUACUUGGUUUCGAGGAAUUUGCUCGUGCACUUUCUGUAUUCCAUCCAAAUGCUCCUAUUGAUGAUAAGAUUGAGUUUUCUUUUCAAUUGUAUGAUCUCAAGCAACAAGGUUUCAUAGAGAGGCAAGAGGUGAAGCAAAUGGUAGUUGCCACUCUUGCUGAAUCUGGUAUGAACCUGUCUGAUGACGUCAUCGAGAGCAUAAUUGACAAGACUUUUGAAGAAGCUGAUACAAAGCAUGAUGGGAAGAUCGAUAAAGAAGAAUGGAGAAGUUUAGUCUUGCGACAUCCAUCGUUAUUGAAAAAUAUGACCCUUCAAUAUCUCAAGGAUAUCACCACUACAUUCCCGAGCUUUGUUUUUCACUCAACAGUUGCGGAUACCUAGUUCCCGGCUGUGUUUAAGUUUGUUGUUGUUUUGUAUAAGGUUAGCUUGGUUUUUUAAUUAUUUUCUCAUCCAAAAAUGCUGUCAUUUUGUGUGUUGUUAGUCGGAUAGAUUUACAUUGCAGAACUUUUGCUGUUUUUUGGAAUGUUAUUAAUACUUCGUGUUAUGUUAUCCGUUAUUUAAGUACAUUGUUUUCCAAUGGAAGUUGUCUAUGUUGAUAUGA